CCUCAAACAAAACCCUAAGCAUAAUCCAAGCUUUUCUCACUCAGCAAUGGCACCCAUUGAUCCACACUCUUUCACCGAUUCCUCUCAUCCUCUCACCACGCAUGUUUCUCUCUCCCUUUACCUCGAUUUCAACACCUCCAUCAUCCAUGGCUCCGCUCUCCUCACUCUCUCCUCCGCCUUCUCCGGCGACCUCUCUCUUGAUACUCGCUGCAUUUCCAUUGAUAUGGUCCUCGAUCCUCUAACUCUCGAGCCUCUCCCUUACCGUGUCUCCACCACACCGGAUCGAAUUCGAGGCACCGAAGUUGUCGUAGUCCUCUCCGGUCAAUCUUCACUGCUAAUCGUCUACUCCACUUCGCCUUCCGCUUCCGCUCUCCAGUGGCUAUCUCCGCUUCAAACUUUCUCCAAAUUGCAUCCUUAUGUCUACACUCAGUGUCAAGCGAUUCACGCCAGAUCCAUUUUCCCAUGCCAGGACACUCCUGCCGCGAGGAUUCGCUACGAUGUCGUCAUGAACAUACCGAAUUCGCUCUCUGCCGUCAUGUCGGCUCGCCACGUCCGUCGUAGGCUUGCGGUUCCUGAGGAGGCUAAACAUCUAGAGGCGGGGUCGCUGGGUUCGUCACUGUGGUGUGGUGAGGAUAGAGUUGUGGAAGAGUUUGCUAUGGAACAGCCUAUACCACCUUAUCUAUUUGCGUUCGCCGUAGGUGAGUUAGGGUUUCGGGAAGUUGGACCUAGGACUCGGGUAUACACAGAAUCUGCCGCCGUUGAAGUUCUAGAUGCGGCGGCUCUGGAGUUUGCAGGAACGGAGGAUAUGAUCAAGCAAGGAGAGAAGCUGUUUGGAGACUACGAGUGGGAGAGAUUUGAUUUACUGGUGCUGCCUCCGAGUUUUCCUUAUGGAGGGAUGGAGAAUCCAAGAAUGGUUUUCCUGACGCCUACUGUAAUCAAAGGAGACGCCACUGGAGCUCAAGUUGUAGCUCACGAGCUCGCACAUAGCUGGACUGGGAAUUUGAUCACUAACAUCAACAACGAACAUUUCUGGUUGAAUGAGGGAUUUACAACUUACGCAGAGAGGAGAAUUGUGGAAGUUGUUCAAGGGGCGGAUAGAGCUACUCUGAACAUUGGCAUUGGCUGGAGGGGUUUGACUGAUGAAAUGGAACGGUUUAAGGACAACUUGGAGUGCACUAAACUGUGGAACAAACAAGAAGGUGUUGAUCCAGAUGAUGUAUAUUCUCAGGUCCCAUAUGAAAAAGGAUUCCAAUUUGUGUUGCGAAUUGAACGCCAGAUUGGAAGGACUGCGUUUGACGAAUUCCUCAAGAAAUACAUUGCUACUUUCAAGUUCAAGUCAAUCGAUACAAGCACAUUUCUUGAAUUCCUGAAAGCAAACAUCCCCGGCAUAGAGAAAGAGAUCAACCUACAGCUGUGGACUGAGGGCGUUGGUAUACCAGAGGAUGCAUAUGAACCAGUCUCAACCAUUUACACAAAGAUCAUAUCCCUGGCAAAAGAGUUUAAGGAAGGAAGGAUGCCAAGUGAGGAUGAUGUUGCUGAGUGGAACGGACAGGAAUGGGAGCUGUACUUGGAGAAUCUUCCUAAAUCAUGUGAACCUUCUCAGGUCAUGGCCUUGGACAAGCGGUACAGACUAGCAGAAUCGAAGGACUAUGAAGUGAAGGUCUCGUUUCUGCAACUUGCAGUCACAUCCAAGUGCAGAGAGUACCAUGGGGAAGUGAAGAAAACUCUAAAAGAGGUAGGAAGGAUGAAGUACCUGCGUCCACUCUUCACUGCUCUUGCACAAGCUGGUGGAACCGAAGAGAAGCAGCUGGCAAAACAGGUGUUUGCAGAAGCUCGAGAAACUUACCACCCCAUAGCCCAGGGAGUGGUUGAGUCUAUCCUCUCUAAGUACAUCUGAACGAGACCCUUUCUUAUAGCUUGAGAGCACUCCAGAAAAAACAACAUUUUAAUAAAACCCAGUGACUGUA